UAUUUAACAAUGGCAAUAGCUGUUAUUAGUUUCGGUUUGAGUUCGUUGUUUAAAAGUCGAUAGUUUCAGUGUGAUUUGUCAAAGAGUGUUUAAUGAAUGUAUUUCAGGAAUAUUUGAAAGAAUCGUCGAUUUGAAUUAGUAUUGCAUAAUGGCAAAAGCAGGAAGCAAAGAGGCAUUUAUACCUGGCUCAGAUACUGAUUGUGAAGAAAUUUUUCGGUAUCCGUACACCAUAGAUGAUAACACUCUAGAUUAUCUGAAAAAUCAUGGAAGAAUUAUGUUCAUUAUUCGAGGUGUUGCUGGAACAGGAAAAGAAAGCUUAUCCCAGAUACUGUCUUCAGAAGAAAGAUAUCCAGGUGCUGUUGUUUGCUCUGCUGAUAACUAUUUCAAAGACACUUUUUCCACUGCAAAGAGAGAUCAAAAUAGCUUGAAAAAAUCUCAUGAAUAUUGCAAGAAUAGAGUUGAAAUAGCUUGUAAGAAAGGAGUUCAUCCAAUUGUCAUAAAGAAUACUCAUGUUAAGAGAUUUGAAGUUCAGAAUUAUUUUAAUUUGGCAGCCGAAUUUGACUACACUAUUAUAAUAGCUUCUACUAUGGGGAAGUUUAAAGUAACACCUGAAAUACUUGCUAAGAGCAAUACCAAAGGCUUAAAUGUAGAGUAUUUCAGACACCGCUUAAAACAAUGGCAAGAUAUUUUUCCUAUUCUUACUGGCUGGUUCCUGAGCCCUUUGGACUCCUCAUACUUUCUUAACAUAGUACAAACUGCCUUAGACUGUUUGUUAGGAGAUGGAAAAUUCUGUCGUAUCUUAAAUUGCUUUGAUAAGGGGAAAUUAUUAGGACAUUACAAGGCUAAAAGAUCACUUUAUUGUGUUGCUGCAUGCAGUAAGAAGAAUAGCUGUUUUGAUAUAAAAAACCACUACCAGUCUGUAUUGGUAAGGGAACAUUAUGGAGAGUGUUUCAGUCUUACAAUCUUAGGACUUUUAGUUACACCUUCAAAUAUCUUUGCCAUUGUAUACUUAGAUGACAUCAUGAAACAACUUCAUGAAAGUGAUGAUUUUACUAUUGUAGCAUCAGAAGAAGACAAUAUAGAGAAUAUUCUUGAUAUGGAGUCUUUAUAUAUAUCGCCAAACAUCAAGAACAAUUUCACAACUUAUAAUCAGAAUUGCCCAUUUAAAGCAGGUUCCUCUGGUAAAAGGGCUUCUUUAGAAGCUUGGGGGCAAGAUGAGUCAAUUGAUGUGAAAUGUUGCAGUUGUAUUCACUUGGCUGAAGCUAAAGAUGUUGAAGGCACCUUUCCAUGGGCUAAUAAGCGAAAGUUUCAUGCUCUUCUAGCUAGUGUAGCUGAUUCAAAUGGUAUAAUCUCGAUUGAUAAGUUUGGUGAAUUGGAGGAUGGUUACAGAUUUUGCCGCCUUCGCAAUAAUGCUUGGAUCAUAAGGCACCCUAUGAAAAUUUCUUUCAAGUCUGUUUUUACUGGAAUGUACACUUGAAUAGUUUCUCUUUUUUUUCCGAAAAGAAAAUUUUGUAAUUUUUUGUAUUGAAAUUUUUUUUGAAUUGUGAUAAAUUUGCAUACUACUUUUCAAUUAUAAAACAAAUAUUAUUAUUUUGCAAUACUUAUCUCCUAUCUGUCUAUUGAUUAAUAUAAUUGCACAUUACUGUUUUUUCUGCAUUCCUUAAAGAUUUUUUGAGCAGUAAUUUUCUGUUAUUGUGUUUAUAAUAAGCACUUUAAAUCUUAUGCAUAUGAUGUAACUACUUGUAACCGUUUUUCGCAUACUAUUAUCAAAAUUGUUUUUUUUCUUUUCAAUGCGUACUAUGCAGUACAUAGCCACUUUAUAUCUAUUGAAUUAAAUAACAUAUUAGUAUUAUUUUUACUAUAUCACAAUCAAAAUUCUUGUUACUAAGUUUCUGCUAUUGCUGUAGUGAUGCUUAGGCACUUAAAAAAUCUAAUGCAUAAUUGUUGUGACAAUUCUUUAGCCAAUGAAUCACUUUCAUGGUUUUCGUAAAGACAUAUAGCAACUUUAAAUUCUCCACUUGAUUACCCGAUACUGUUUUUUUGUUAAGAAAUUCUUGUAUUAUUGUUUGGGUGAUAUAAGUAUUAUUGUUUAGAUUAUUGCUCCUUCUUGCUUUUUUGUAACACAGGCGGCUUUUUUAAUAUUUAUUUAAAGUAGAUAUUAUUGCUCUUAAUUGAAAAAAGUGAAAUGUAAAACAUCUGUGAUAUUUUGUGAGCAUUAUUGAUAUUAAACUUGUCGAACAAAUAUAGUAUUUAUUGCAAGCUGCUGUGAUUUUAUGUGCAAUAACUGCUCAAAUGCUUAACUGUCCUUUUUCUUUUAUUUCCUUUUUUGAAAGUAUUUACAUUUUUAAUUGCAUUAAAUUUAUUUAUUUUUUUGUUAUAAGUUCAAUGAAAAUUGAAGAAAAUUUCUUUAAUAGAAUAAUGACAAAAGUGUGGUAAACAAAAAGGAUUUUUAUAUUGAUUAUAGUGAACCUAGAUUAUGUUGGUAGUUCUUUGAAUUUCAUUUUUAUAAAGUAUUAAUUUUUAACUAAUUUUCAAUUUCAAUUGAAUUUACUAAAAUUGAUCCCAAUGUAUCUCAUGUACCUGUCAUGCAUAAAAUUCACUUUUAAAUGUUUUCUUGUUAGAAAUUCAAUAAAAAUUGAUAAAAAAGUAAAUUUUUUUUAUAGAAUGAUAACAAAAGUGUGGUAAACAAAAAGGAUAUUUUUAUUGAUUUUAGUGAACCUAGUGUUGGUAUUUCUUUGAAUUUCAUUUUUAUAAAGUAUUAUUUUUUAACUAACUUUCAAUUUGAAUUGAAUUUACUAAAAUUGAUCCUAAUUUAUCUUAUGUAUCUGUCAUGCAUAAAAAUCACUUUUAAAUGUUUUUUUUGUGUUAGAAAUUCAAUAAAAAUUGAAGAAAAAGUAAAUUUUUUCAAUAGAAUAAUAACAAAGUGUGGUAAACAAAAAGGAUAUUUUUUAUUGAUUUUAGUGAACCUAGAUAAUGUUGGUAGUUCUUGAAUUUCAUUUUUAAAAAGUAUUAUUUUUUAACUAAUUUUCAAUUUCAAUUGAAUUUUCUAAAAUUAAAAUUGAUCCUAAAGUAUCUCAUGUACCUGUCAUGCAUAAAAAUCACUUUUAAAUGUAACUAGAUACAUUUGUUGUUAUCUAAAUUAUAAAUAGUUAAUUUUAUUUAAAUGUAUAAUUUUGUUUUAAUAAAUUUUUGUAUUAGCAAU